CCUUAACACCCAUCAGAUGAGAAUGCGUCGUAUGAUCCGAUCCCCAAACUGUUCAGACCGUGACACCGGGCUAACCUAAUUUCAUUUCCUUAGCCCCAAAAAAUCGCUCACUCGCAAACAAAAACUUUUCCACCAAGUCACCAUUCUCCCCUAGUCCCCUGUGGCCCUGUCAUCCUCUCUCCACCUUAGCGCCACUCUUAGCCACCAUACACCAGGGCUGCAGCGCCCCACUCAUUCACUGCCGUUAAACCACCGUCAUCACCACCCUCUCUCUCUUGUCUCCUCUCCAAUGGAGAAACUAUGGCGCCCAGCAACUCGUUCCCUCGACACACACCUCAAAUCCAUGUUUCUCUCUCCUCCUAAACCCUCACCUUCCGCCCUUCUCACCCCUGCCUCCUCCUCUUCACCGCGUACCCUCGCCACUUUCUCCUUCUUGGUUUCUCCUUUACCUCAUUUCUCCCCUUCCAAAACCCUAAUUCCCCCAAAACCUUCCUCAUUUUCCCUCCAUUUUUGCUGCAAUUUUCGCUGUUUCUCCUCUGUGUCACCUUUAGAUACCAAUAAAUUUGAGUGGAAUGAGCCAAUUUUGUGCUCUGAGGUUGUCGACGCUGUUUCUUUCAGUGAAACUGAUGAAAAUGGCGAUGUUGAUCCUCGCCCCGCCAUUCCUGUUCGCGCCUUUUUCUUUUCCACCAGCGUUGACUUGAAGAGCUUGGUGGAACAGAACAGGUCUAAUUUUAUCCCGCCUUCGUCGAGGAUGACAAAUUAUGUAGUUUUGAAGUUCGGAAACCUCAAGCCUGAACUGAAUGGUGUGGGUGCUACUUUAAGUGGGAGUGAAUGUGGCUACAUGGUUGUUUUCCAGUAUGGCUCAGUUGUCAUGUUCAAUGUUCGUAAUCAUGAAGUUGACGGCUACUUGAAAAUUGUGGAAAGACAUGCUUCUGGCUUGCUUCCUGAAAUGAGAAAAGAUGAAUAUGAAGUACUAGAGAAGCCAACUCUAAGUACGUGGAUGCAAGCUGGUCUUGAUCGCAUAAUGCUGCAGUACUUGAAUGUUGAUGGUAUCCGUACCAUAGGUAGUGUACUUGGUCAAAGUAUUGCUCUUGAUUAUUAUGUCCGUCAGGUUGAUGGAAUGGUGGCAGAGUUCACUGACAUAAACCGUGCAAUGGAAAAAACUGGAACUUUUACUAUGGAAAGAAAGAAGCUCUUCCAGUUAGUUGGGAAGGCAAACUCUAAUCUGGCAGAUGUUAUUCUCAAGCUUGGUCUUUUUGAAAGAUCGGAUAUUGCUUGGAAGGAUGCCAAAUAUGCUCAAAUCUGGGAAUAUCUACGAGAUGAAUUUGAAUUGACACAGAGAUUUGCCAGUCUUGACUUCAAAUUGAAGUUUGUAGAGCAUAACAUUAGAUUUCUACAGGAAAUCUUACAGAACAGGAAGUCAGAUUUCCUUGAAUGGCUCAUCAUCAUAUUGAUUGGUGCUGAAAUUCUCAUAUCUGUAUAUGACAUAGCUCAUAAGUCACUUUAAUUCUUGCUCGAUAAUCCUAAAGCCUGAAGGUAGUUUGAAUAUCUUCCAUAGAUGAUCAGAGUCGUAAUAUUCUUUGUCUUAACUGUACAUCUGCUGCUAGGUUAUUAACCGGACAACAUUUUUCCUAUAGAUGAUUGUAAAUCGAUAUCAUAUCACAUGAGUUGUUUUCCUUCUGUAAAUUCUUCAAAUUCACAGUUGUAGUCUGACUGACAUGUUGGUAAAAUUUUGGUUAUAUUUCCACUGUU